AAAAUUUAAAAAACCAAUUAAAAUAUACGAAAAAGGCUGAAAAAUAGGGGAAAACAGAGCAGAGCACCAACUCCCUCUCCCCCAAAAGGGCAAUUAAUCCCACUCCACCAUCAAUCCCCUUCAACUUCUCUGUCCUUCUGUCACUCCCUCUCUCUCUACUUCUCGAGCGGAAGCAGGGCAGUGUUGAAGAAAAGGUAAAGGUAAAGUGAGCAGAAGAAAGAAAGCCCAAAAAAUCAUCGCCAGUUUCUUUGGCUCCUCCAUGGCCAUGGAUCCUUACGAGACCACCAACUUGCUCCUGUCGAAGAUCAAGACCAUAGACCCAGACAACGCCUCCAAAAUCAUGGGCUACAUCCUCAUACACGACGUGGGCGAGAGGGAGUUGGCCGGUCUCGCUUUCGGCCCGGAGACCUUCCUGCUGGGCGUCAUUGCGAAGGCGAAAACUCACUUGGGACUUUCGCCGAACACCUUGUCUGCUGCAACAGCGCCUUUGACUCCCUCUUCCCCGCUCAAUCCCAUCUCCAGGCCUGUCGUUGUUGGUGGGAGUGGCGGUUUCGGUAACCCUUUUUCCCACUCUUCUUCUCCUCGGCUUCCCGGCCCUGGUGGCGGGCCUUUCGUUGAUUUUGCGAGGAACCCUUCUCCGCAUUCCUGGCCGGUGUCUGGGUUUGCAGCGGCUAACGCUAAUAAUAGCAACAGUAGUGGCGGCGGCGGCGGAAGUAGCAGUAACAGUAACGUUUCGCUCAGUCCCAAGUCCAGUCCUUUCUUGUCUUACGAUAGUAUACGCGCUGGUUCGUUCAAAGGGGCUGCAUUUUCCAAGUGUGGUGGCAAUGGGAGUGGUGAUUCUUCUAGCAUUAGUGCGGAUGCCCUUGAAGAUUAUCCCUUUGACGAGUACCUUUCCUUUCUCGACGAUCCCUCUUCAAGGAAUGACGAAUUUGACCCUGGUCUUCAAUUAGCUGGGUACCCAGAUGUGGGUGCGGAUGCUCAACUCCACAGGAGGAGGUUUUCGGAGAGUGAUGCAUGUCCCAAUACUGAAGAUGGGGCAUUUGGAAUUGGGUAUAGACCAUGUUUGAAUAAUCGUGCUAUGGUUGGUUCACCUAGGGAAAUGGAGAGCCUUUACUUGCAGCAGCAUGAAGGGAUGAUGAGAUUGAAGGCUGCUCAUCAUCAUCAGCAGCAACAGAGAUUAGCAUACAGCAAGUACAUGAACUUCUUGUUGCAGCAGCAGAAUGAUACACAGAGACUGGGAGGAGCUGCAGCAGCUAUGAACAGUGAUGAAUUCCACAAGUUUGGCCGGUUUUGUACAGAAAGAAAUGAAUUUUAUGCAAUGGCCAUGGCUGAGAAAGCAAAUUCGGCUUCUAGACAAAUCUAUUUGACAUUCCCAGCAGAUAGCACCUUCAAAGACGAGGAUGUUUCAAAUUAUUUUAGCACUUUUGGACCAGUUGAAGAUGUGAGGAUCCCGUAUCAGCAGAAGCGAAUGUUCGGAUUUGUUACGUUUGUUCAUUCCGAGACAGUGAAGCUUAUAUUGGCCAGGGGAAACCCUCAUUUUAUCUGUGAUUCGCGUGUGCUUGUCAAGCCAUACAAGGAAAAAGGGAAAGCUGCAACUGAGCACCAAUUACUGGAGAGGGGAAAUUUUUCACCAUGUUCAAGUCCUUCUGGUCUCGAUGGCAGGGAGCUUUAUGAUCUUCCGAUGGGUGGGCGAGUGCCUUACAAUUCACAGGAAAUGAUGCUGAGAAGGAAGUUAGAAGAGCAAGCUGAGCUGCAGCAAGCUAUUGAACUUCAAGGACGCAGGCUCGUAAAUCUGCAGCUCCCAGACCUGCGAGGUGAUUAUGUCAAUCAUCAUCAACGUAGCCUGUCCAUGGGUGGCAUCUCAUUAUCUACCCAUUCCCCUCUCAGUCAAAAGAUAGCCAAGAGCGAGGAAGAAGAAACUGUUGAGAGCUCUGCUUUGUCUGCUGCUGAUGAUGCUGCCAAUCAAAACUUUCAGCCUGAAGUGAACCACACAUGCAAUAUGGUUGGUAAUGAAGAAAAUAUAAAUAACGAUGCCAGCAACCUGACUAACUGUCAUGGGAGCAAUGCUGAACAUGUUAACCGUGAUGCCGUUGCUUCUCAAUCAAAAUCAUCUUUGGAGAAUGUUUCAGCCUUGUCAAACUCGUCUCCAAGCGAUACUACUUCCCUUUAGCUCCAUUAGUUGGGAAGGCAAAAAGCUAAGAUGUGUAGUAAUAAUGUUAACAUGGCAACAGAGAUUGACUUCGCUGUUAAAAAAUAGAGACGAUAUAUAAGGAGCACAGGUCUAUGUAGGUGUAUAGAGCCCAAAAUCAUACUUGCAGUUGGACGGUAGAUAUGUAGACUAUCUUGGAAAUCCUGCCGGUCGUAAUCAACAUCCUCAAAAUACGACAGUACUAACAGGAAAGGCAUAUUACAUACUUAACGAACAGAUGAAGUAAUUUUAGUAGGGUUUCUCUUUGCUAUUUUGUUGUUUUGGAUGCUGGCUUCCCAUUUGGUAGUUGUGUGCUAGACAGUCAUAUACUAAAAAUGAGAAGAGGAUGUAUCUUGUUAUAAGUCAAUGACAAAUCCUUGUGGUCUUUGGCCAUCAUUUUGUUAGUGAAUCACUUCACUUGGUUCAGGAGUGAAAGAAGUUGUAUCUGUCUACUGAUUGUUCAUGAAGUUCUACAGGUACUAGUCCUGAAUCCCAUGUGUGAUCUUCAGAAGAUGAUGGGUGCAAGCAAAGAUCAUGACUUUAUGACUCUUACUUUACUCCCAAUCUUUUUAAUCAUCACUUUUAAUCGUCUAGUUGUUGGAAUUAGGGUUCUUUAACAUUCACUUUUGUAAUCAUGCAAACAGGUGAAGUUGUGAAAAGUUGGAUGGGAGGGAGGUGAAUCUGAAAUAGGUUCCCUUGUUUUUAAAUGAUCUAUAGGUAUAUGCCUCAGCCUCUUGGAGGGUACUUUUUUGUCUCUAUUUUCAAUGGUUGUUUAUAGGUCCACAUGUGGGGAAGGCAUGCUCUUCAGGCACAUGGGUGCUGACAAAAUGUAUAGUCCAAUGGUAGUACCAAUGGCACACUCAUUUCCCUCUCAGCUCUACAGUAAAAAAAAGUUUUUGGUUUUUACUAUAUCCUCAAUAUGUUAGUAUAUUGUUACCCUGCAGUUAAAAAAUAUCUAUACCAUGCCACUCUUGCAU